AUAGUCAGAUGAACCAAUAUAAACCGUGGAUGUCUCGAAUGUGAUGAGUCUAGUGGGAAAUAAAGCAAGCACGUAUAUGCGAACAAACGUGAUCAGCUUACGUUCCUACCUGUUAAAGAUGGUGAACCUGAUCAAAGUUCUCCUGAUCAUUGCUGCGUUUGUUGUCACGGCAGAAAGCAACUGUAACCCACUUUUAAAGUGCUCGGUUCCGGAUCUUCAACUGCUUCCAUCUAAUCCAGACUACUACUACGACAAUGCAACACUUGCAGCUUUUUGUAGUGAACUGCAGGACUACAAGAACUGUGUGGACAAAGGUAAGAAAAACUGUGACCACACCUACACUGUGAUAGGUAUGGAGCACAUUAUUUCUGUGGGGAACUUCGCUUGCAGCGAUGCCGGUAAAAAAGCUGUGGACAAGCUGACUGAGUCGGGGUGUGUAAAGAAAAAAAGAAAUAAAUUUGUGGAGAAAGCAUUAUCCAAAUGUACAGACGACGAAAUUGGUGAACACAAGACGUGCAGCUCCACGUUAAAAACAAAAAGGUGUCUGAAAAAAGUGAUGACUCAUAGGUGUGGAGAAGAGGAGGGUAAGAUCUAUGGAAGGUUGGUAUGGGAAGAGAUAGAUGGACUCUUUUACGCCUUGUGGUGUAGCGCGAACCAGCCCAAAACAGAUAAUUAAAAUGUGACACUGGCAGGAAAAAUAUUGACUCAAAAACUAAUUUUAUCCGCAAAAUAAAAUCACUGGAUAACAA